CCGGAGCUCCACCUCCUCUCCCGAAGCUGAGAUCGGAGGAUCUGACUCCCGGCAGUCGGCUUUCCGAAGACUUCCGAUCGUGAGCGCGGCUCGCCGGAAGAUCCGGCUUCAGAGCUUCAAGAUAAACAGUAAUGGCGGAGGCAGCGGCGGCAUCAACAGCGGCUCCAGCAAUAACAGGAGGAGGCUGGACGAAGCACGUCAUCUGCAGGUAUUUCAUACAUGGGGUUUGCAAAGAAGGGAACAACUGCCGAUACUCCCAUGAUCUCACCAGCAGCAAACCAGCCAUGAUUUGCAAGUACUUCCAGAAAGGAUGCUGCGCUUAUGGGGACCGUUGCAGGUAUGACCACACAAAACCACCCAAGCAGGAAAGCCUGGAUGGCCCCAAGCCAAUGAUGCCACUGAAUUUCAUCACCUCCUCUGACAGCACCUCGGAUACAAAGUCCAGUGGACCCAGCGGUAGAGCUGAAGGUGUGGAGCACCCACACGGCUCAGGUGCUGUAGACUGGGUCAAUGCCGCCGAGUUUGUGCCAGGGCAGCCGUACUGUGGGCGUGCUGAGCCUGUGCUGGCGGAGGGUCCAGGGCCAGUGAUUGAGGAAGAGUAUGAGAAGGAGCAGGCGGACAAGGAGCUGAAGAAACAGCUGUGUCCAUAUGCGGCUGUUGGGGAGUGUCGAUACGGGGUGAACUGUGCCUAUCUCCAUGGGGACGCCUGUGAUAUGUGUGGUCUGCAAGUCCUCCACCCCUCCGACUCCACUCAGAGAUCGCAGCAUAUCAAAGCCUGUAUUGAAGCUCACGAGAAAGACAUGGAGAUCUCGUUUGCCAUCCAGCGCAGUAAGGACAUGAUGUGUGGGAUCUGCAUGGAGGUGGUGUACGAGAAGGCCAACCCCAGUGAGCGACGAUUUGGAAUCCUCUCCAACUGCAACCACUGUUACUGUCUAAAGUGCAUCAGAAAGUGGAGAAGCGCCAAGCAGUUUGAGAGCAAGAUUAUCAAAUCCUGCCCUGAAUGUCGAAUUACAUCAAAUUUUGUUAUCCCGAGUGAAUACUGGGUAGAAGACAAAGAAGAUAAACAGAAACUUAUCCAGAAGUACAAAGAUGCAAUGAGCAGCAAGCCGUGCAGGUAUUUCGAUGAGGGCCGUGGGUCUUGUCCCUUUGGAGGGAACUGUUUCUAUAAGCAUGCCUACCCCGAUGGCCGUCUGGAAGAGCCGCAGCCACAGAGGCGGCAGCUGGGCUCGGCAGGGAGACACCGGAAUCAGAGACGAACGCCUCUUUGGGAUAUAUUUGACGAGCGAGAAAGUACCGACUCCUUUGACAACGAAGAUGAUGAUGUUGUGACCUUUGAGUUGAGUGAGAUGCUGCUUAUGCUGCUAGCUGCAGGCACUGAUGAUGAAAUCACAGAUUCGGAAGAUGAGUGGGACUUGUUUCACGAAGAGUUGGACGAUUAUUAUGAGGUUUACCUCUAGCACCCCCCACCCAAACCCUCUCCAUCCCCUCUCAAGUACCCAGUAUGGACUGUCUUGUGUGAGUGUUGGACAGUAGCUUAUUCCCCUGUGUUGUGGCAGUGCCUUUAAGCAGGCCAUGAAUUAAAAAUGCGAACUAAAACAGGUCGGUACACUUGUGCUAAAGCCUUUUCUAGAAUCCUGUCCAUUCUGUGAGUCUGUCAGUGUCCAGUUACUUUAUUGAAAAAACUGAUAAAAAACAAAAUUAAUAAAACUUCUUAAUUUAAUUCAUGGGUGUGGAUUUGACUUGUAUAUCAUCUACCCAGGUGUUAUAAAGGCUGUGUGUUUCUCUGGAUGCACCGUCUUAAUUACAACACUGCACUGGUGAUGGUUGUGGUAUUCCUAAACUUGAUCUGUAAAAGAAGGCUUGUAAAUUUUUUAGAGCACUGAGUUUGGGUUGGGUUGAAUUUAACAUGGACUCUUAAAGUAAAUUUGAAUUGACCUCUUUUCCUGCACUGUGGGAACACACCUUUGUGUUCACAAGUGGGUUUUUAAGUACAUUUUCCCCAUGUAUUAUUCUGAGGAAAAACUGAAUCACACUAUCAAGGAACACCUGUGGUACCUAAUAGCAAGUCCCAGCUCAGAACUGAAUUGGAAGUAGAAUUUUCAUUUGGAUUUGGAUUUUGAGUGCAGAAGCCAUGAAACUGGAUGUCUGCAACAGUAAGAAAUUAGUUUCAUUCCAUUAAAGAUUUGUGGCAGUAAAAAACUAAACAAAACAAAUAAUCACAAGACUCUUCUCAUUUUUCUGUGUUCAGCAACAGUAUAAAACGUGUAUUUAUAAAAUAUGUUCAGGUUUUUAUGAUGCAGAAUCAUUCAACAUAAAUUGAAGAUUAAAGUUUAUUUUCAUCAAAUUA